CUCUCCCUUUCUAACAGCGUCGGAGACAAAGAACUGACUGAAACGUUUGAGAUGAAGAAAGUUCUCCUUCUGAUCACAGCCAUCAUGGCAGUGGCUGUUGGUUUCCCAGUCUCUCAAGACCAGGAACGAGAAAAAAGAAGUGUCAGUGACAGCGAUGAAUUUUUUUCAGGAUUUCUUGCGUUCCCUUACCCAUAUCCAUUUCGCCCAUUUCCACCAAUUCCAUAUCCAAGAUUUCCAAGGUUUGGACGUAGUUUUCCUGUUCCAAUACCUGAAUCUGGCCCUACAACUCCCCUUCCUAGUGAAAGUAAACAAGAAUGAGAAGUCACAAUAAAAUUGAAGAUGAAAUAUGUGGUCACCUAAAAUUAAAUGUGAGCCACUUCUUUGAAGAAUCAAAAUUCCUGUUAAUGAAAGAAUAACAAAUGUAAUUGAAAUAGCACACAGCAUUCUCUAUUCAAUAUCUUUAGUGAUCUUCUUUAAUAAACAUGAAAGCAAAG